ACGCAUUCUCCUCCUUCCCUCGAUUGUUUGCCUACGCAAAUUUCGAGCUCGUCAGGUGCACGAUUAACAACAAAAUGCGGUUUUGCUUGGUCAGUCGGACCAAUAAUGUACAUCCACUUCAGUAAUCAUGAUCCCAGAUUUAACCGGGCGCUACAUCCAGCUAAUGGUGCAUCUCCAUCUAUUCAAUUCCAUUGUUCAUAUGUAGAAUUUGAAACCUGGUUCAGUUCA